AUGCUCUCCGCUGGAGAACGGCAUCAGCCUUCGGUCACGCCUGCCGUAGCCUCCUCCAAGCUGCCGCACAUCAUGCCCGAUCUCGAGCCCAACUCCAAAUCCUCACCUUCCGCAAUGCUUUCCAAACCCACAGACCAGAGCACCGUCCAGCACAUCUGGAUCGUCACCGGCCCUGCGGGAUGCGGAAAGAGCACAGUAGGCAAUGGCCUCUCUAACGAACUAGGAGUUUCAUUCCUAGAAGGUGAUGAUUACCACAACAAAUCCAACAAAGAUAAAAUGGGCAACGGUAUCCCUCUCACCGACGAAGACCGCUGGGACUGGCUCAUCUCCCUCCGCAAAGCCGCCAUCGACGCUCUCUCCCCGUCCGAAUCAAACAACUUCCACCGUCCCGCCGGCGUCGUGGUCGCGUGCUCCGCACUGAAGCAGAAAUACCGCGACGUCAUGCGCGUGGCAGCCUACGGCUCGCCUUCCGUCCAGAUCCACUUUAUUUACCUCAAGCUCACCGAGGAAGUCCUCAUGCAGCGUGUCAGCCAGCGCCAGGCUCACUAUAUGAAGAGUGAUAUGGUUCGGUCUCAGUUGCAGGCACUCGAGGAACCCAAGGGAGAGUGGGACGCUAUUACGAUCAAUGUUGAGGGAUCGCAGGAUCAGGUGCAGCAGCGGGUUUUCGAUGCUGUUCACAAGAAGCUCGAAGAGAAUCAAUGA